GAACUCGGACAGAGAAGCUCCUUGCCGUGACGUAGGCAUCAUAACAUUAGAAACAAUCAUGUAAAUAUGCAGCUGAACGCUUAAAUAGUUAUACUCUACUUUGAUCGCGUUAAAGUAAAUGAUUACGAAUUCGUUUUCUAUAAUCAAGACCUGCACUUGAAACGUUAGCUUAUUAGCAUCAGAUUGCUUUAGUUUCGCUUUCGCAGCUUUUUUGUGGACUUGUGGACACAUCAAGGAUACAUCAUGUUUAACUUAUUUGGAUUUCGCAAGGACUCAAAGAAAUCCACAUCAGAGAAGGAAGUAGAUGGCGGUUUUGUUAUUGUGGGAGAGACGGUAGAGGAGCAAAGGCAGAAAGCGCAGGGAAUGAACAUUGCUCAGCCAUCGACAAAUGUCAUUGUUCAGCCUUCAAAGUCAGCCCGCCCACUCCCUCCUCAUCCCAUCGGCCCAACGUUCCCCGUAGCCUUCUCCAGCUCUGAGCCUUCUGCUGCACCCACCUCAGCUUUAGCGGGGGUAGGAUCGGAGCCUGCCCCCACCCUCCCAGACCUCCUCGGAGACAUCCCAUUCACACUGGCCCCUCACAUACUGGCCAUGCAAGCUGGGUUCCCCUUUAUACCUGAUGUGCUGCUGUCUCGGGACAUUAACUACAACCUGUCCAACUUUCAGUAUGACUUUACAUUGGAGAACUCUGUGAUUCAUAACAUGUAGCCAGACGAUAGGUGGAAAAUGCACAUUGGAGUUGUUUGCGCUAAUGUAGCAGUGCACAAUGAUUGACAGAAAUGGGACAUUAAUAUUUGAACUUCAGGUUGACGUGUCAAGUCCUAAUACAAUCUUACUUUGAAUCAUGGAGGAUUAAUGACAUUUAUGAGCUUUUCAUAACUUGCGCUUUAAACAUACAAAACAAUACAUUAUUUUGAUGAAAACUUAAGUACUUUAAAGGUAUAUGGUUAAAAUUUUAAAUUUCAUAAUGUGACAUAUCUGUGCCCCAUCUGUGCCCCCAGAUAUGAGGUAAACAUGUUCAAAUAAAACAUAACUCUCACUAAUAACUAUUGAAAUGCUGAUUUAUUGUCAAUUCCAAAAACAUUGGACAUGAUGGACAAGUUGUUUAUGUUAUAGUUUGGUGUUCCGAUUCUCAGUAUGAUUGUCCAAUCAGAAAACUGAAUGACCCUCACAUGGGUCUCUCAUUUGGGCUGCCAGUUUCAAUGCUGAAAGCCAGUUAGUUUAAACCCAAAAGGAUUCUCUGAUCUGAAUUGUCACUGCCUAAACUCCAGCUCCUGCAGCCAGUCAUUAAUCAGUGCUAGAAUUCUGUAGGUUCUGAGCAUUCACUUGAGACAUGACCUGUCCAUAAACUGACAAUAAGAAAAACUGCUCUCAUCCCAAGACUCUAUGUAGCCACACACGCAGUUCUUCUAUGUACUUUUCUACAACAUGAUCAAAGAGAGGUUAGAAAAUGAAGGAGGCCCCAGUGCAGAUUUCCUAAUAACAUAAUGUACUUCUGGUGUAUUAUGGCAAAUUUGCUGUCAGUUCUCUCUAUGCCUAGAAACUGCCAUGGUUGUUUUGAUGUGAUAUGCAGCUAUUUUGCUCUCUGAUUUCUGAUGCAUUACAGAAGAGUUAUAUGAUGAGCUAUGUUUCUAUCCUCUGAUUAACUUGUAGUCAUGUUAUUUAAAUUCAUUUUAAAUGUCCUUUAUUACGCAAAAUGGAUUCUUGUGAGCUUUUAGCCAUGUUAGAAUGUUGUUACCUUCUCAAAAAACAGUUGUGUUUUGUUGCAAUCACACAUGUUUGAGUAGUCCUUAAUUAUUAGUAGUUCUACAUCCCAAAAGCUCAAAAUGCUUUGUUCCACCUUGUGAUGAGCCGGUAGUUUACUAGUUUGUUUUUUUUGUUUGUUUUUGUUUUUUUUGUAGAGAUUGGUAAUUCCAGAUCCGAAAUCAUCCAAAUGAUUCUAGUGAAGGAUUAUGGAGUUUAAAAUACAGUGGAGCACUUCCUGUAUUAACACAUGGCAUCACAAGGUGGAUGUGUAUUUUCUGCUUGAGAGAAGACAUCCAGGUAUGUUUUUGAUGACGAAAAGAACAUUAUAACAGAUCACAAAAUAGCGUAAAACGGGCCCUUUAAAUAGAACUUUUUCAUUUUCUAGUUGACUAAACAAUUGAUCCCAAACAAAUCAGUAUCUUUGUUGUGCUUGCUAUUGUUUUAAUUCCCCUAUUCGUCUCAGAUUGGCAGAUUAAUGCGCCAGAUGCCCUUCCUCUAACAACCGUCCUCAUUAUUGUAACUGAGUGGCUGUGUCUAUGAAGUGACAGACUGUAAAUGACUUGUUGCUGGCUAGAUUAAUAACUUUGAUAUGGUAAAGAUUAAGGAAUAAAUAAAUAAAUAUAUUAGUGCAUAAUGUGAA